CCUGCGGUUAACGGAAACCCCACUGGGCGGCUGACUCCGUCUGCAGAGCCCGACCUGCAGAGCUGCCCUUUAUGGGCAGUUACUUGAGCCGGGCUCGCCCUGGCUCGGGGCCUUCCACUGUGCCAGGCCCCGACCAGCUGGAGAGGCCGCAGAGCCGCGCACUCUUGCUCUCCGCCAGGCACAUUUCUUCCGCUUUCCAGACUCACUCGCGGGCGCUGUCCCUGAGCUUGACUCGCAGGCUGGCCUGUGAGCAUCCCUUGGCUUCUCCCGGGCGUCGUCAGCGCCGUCGGCGGCUUAUCAUCUUCCAUAGGCAGCGAAGUUCGGUCCAGCAGGCUUGGUAUGUGUUUCUGGGGGUCUUCUCCCCCGCGUCCUUGAGGGACCAUCAGAAGAAGCCGGCGCGAUCAGCUCCCAGCUCCAGGAUGCUGUGCAGGGCAGCCAUCCUAAGCUUGGCCUCUGCAAGGGGUAAACUCAAGCUCUGUUUGGCUCUAGAGCCGGCAGUCUUGACUCAGUGCCCUUCAUGGACCGGCAUCUUCUCAGUCCCCAAAGCAAAGCAAUCUCGGCUGAGAGCCCUUGAGGAAAGUAGACCAGAGACAGCCAAGGAAGAGAAAGACCUCGCCUCCCUGGGAGACAGUAGGGAAAGGUUUACAAUACUGGAGGAGAGCAAGACUGUCCCCAAAAGGCAGGAGGAUGGGAGAACGCUUUCUGAUGGCACCGAGAGCAACGGAUCUGCAUUUAGGCGCCUGAUGGUCAACGGAGUGCUCUCUUCCUUCCUGCCCAGGCCUGGGCCUCUGAAGAGGGAUUCCUGUUAUGGGAGCUCAGUGAAUAGUCUGAUGACAAAAUCCCAGAGCUGCUUCCUGAGCUCAUGCAGCAAGCGCAAUGCAAUCACCAGUUCCUACAGUUCUACCCAGGGUUUCCCACUGCUGCCCAAGAGGAAUGGUGCAGGCCCUGCUGAGCUCCCCUGCCCAGGCUCAUCCCACUUUCUGGUGCCUGUAAAGAAAGCCAAUCAGGAAGAUCAUCAGGCUAGCUCUUGUGCCUCCGUGGUACCACAAAGUGAAAGCCAGCAGGCAAAGGUCACAGAUGCUCAAUCAAGCCACCAACAAAACCUGAAGCAUUGCUCGAAUCCACCUGAUCUUUCAAGGCCCCCCAAGCGAAAGAUUCUUCUGCUGUCCUGUAGAAGAAAGGACCCAGUGAUCCUGCCUCCACUUCCCCAGCUCAUCUGUCAUGUGACAGCUGAAGACAUUGACUUAGAGAAGAGAGCUGCUAUCCAGUGGAUCAACAAAGUCUUGAAGGAUGAUAGAGCUAAGACCACAAGCAAUUAAAUGAUUUGAGAGCAGCCACAUGAUUCAUCCGUGUAGGAGCUGACCCUCCAGCCUGGGCACCUCGCCUGUGCUUGUCCACGUAGUGCAAGAUCACAUUUCAUGUAGGGUCAUUUCGAUAUUUC